AUGGCCACUACUCCAAUAGAGGACGGCCCUCAUGGCUAUGACAAUACUCUAAAGAAGGAAAUUACCAAUCCAAUUAAAACCCUCGGCCAUCUGCGUCUACGACAUGCGGAAACGAACGAAGUUAUCUUGGUGCCUACACCGUCUGCCGAUCCCAAAGACCCUCUCAAUUGGCCGAGAUGGUUCAAACUAUACACAGCGGCCGCGGUCUGUACCGCCAUGGUUCUCUGCAACUUCCUCGCGGCCGGUCCCACGCUCGCAAUCAUCCAGACAGCGCAGGAAUUCUUCCCCAAUUGGCAACAGACCGGCUUGUCGAGCGCAAUCUCGAAGACGGCCUAUUUUUUCAACUGCACUGCCUUGUUCCAGGGAUUGGGUAAUCUUUUCUGGAUGCCUCUGAUUAACAAGUAUGGUCGCCGGCCUGUCUACGUCACCGCGUUCAUAAUCUAUACUAUCACCGCAGUAUGGUGUGCUGUAGCGAAGCAGUAUGCCAAUUUCCUAGUAGCUCGCAUUGUUAUGGGUAUUGCGGCUGGUGCUGGCGAAUGUCUGGCGCCUGUCACUAUUGCCGAUAUCUUCUUCUUGCAUGAGCGUGGAACUAUAACUGCUCUUUACAAUGCUUCUCUCAAUCUAGGUGUCGCACUCGGUGCGAUCGUCGAUGGCUUCAUCGUGAAAGAUCACCCAUGGCGAUACAUCUACUACGUCGCGAUAGCCCUGAUUGGCGCUGUCACCCUCGUUGUGUACGCAACAUUUCCCGAGACGGCAUACAACAGAGUCCGCGGCUCAACAGAUACUUUCACAACACUUAGCGCAUCUGGAGGGCGAGUGCGCCGCAGCACAAAGAGCGAAGAAGAAGGCACUGCUGAGAUCCACGAAGUCGUCACCAGAGAAACGGUAAAUAGCAAUGGAGGCUGGAUCAAGGGUCUCAAACUCUACCACGGCAAAUACACAGACGAGUCUCUUUGGCAAAUGACCAUCCGACCAGUUGGACUUCUAAUUCUGCCGCCCGUUCUGUGGGCGACGCUUGUCAUGUCCGUGACGAUUGGAUUUAUCACUGCUAUCACCUCAAAUGUAGCCUCCGCCUUUUCUUCAACAUAUGGAUUUGAAGCAUGGCAGUCUGGUCUGUGCUUUUCGGCUGCAAUUGUUGGAUGUUUCUUCGGCAUCAUCCUUGGAGGACACUUAUCAGACUGGGUUGCUGAUUACUUCACCCGCCGCAAUAAUGGAAUUCGAGAGCCCGAGAUGCGUCUUCCUGCUAUCAUGGUUGGCGCAAUUACGGGCCCUCUUGCUUUGGCUCUAUAUGGGUGUGGAAUACAGUACAAGAUGCACUGGAUGGUUCCCACUUUGGGCAUUGGACUGAUUAAUUUCACCAUUACACAAGCUACCAAUGUCUCCCUUGUCUACACGAUUGAUAGCUAUCGUCCCGUGGCUGGAGAAAUUGUCGUCACGCAGCUGGCCUUCAAGUCUGCGUUUGGGUUCUUGCUCGGAUUUUAUACGAAUCCAUGGGUAGACAAGCACGGAUAUAAUGUGGCCUACGGAGAGAUGGCAGCUAUCUGUGGGGGUGUCCUCAUAUUCUGGAUCCCACUCUUUAUUUGGGGCAAGGCAAUCCGCGAGAAGACUCUAAGUUGGAGGGUUAUGAAGUGGGUUCGGUGGGAUCUGGACCGUGAAGUUGGCGAGUAA